CACGCGCGUAGCUCCGUUCAUUAAAGUGGGGCGUGAACACUAUCUGUAACAUAAAGUUAAUCCACAGAUGUAAAAUAUCUUAACAUUGAAGUAACACAGCGGAUAGUUUGCCUCCGACUUAAACUUGCACCGCCAAAAAGACUGUCGAAUAACUUUAGGACAACAGCGUUAACUAGCUUAAUUUGCUAUUUAGCAUUUCUCCACAGCUGGUCCCGACAACGACCCAGUUCCAAGAGAGAGACUCUGGUCGUGUAAGGCGGGCCCACGCAGCUGAUCGAAAGACAACACAGCAGGGAGUCCACAGCAGCUUCAGCAGCUUUCAUCUCCUGUUCCGCAUCAUGGAUCCUGAAGGCAGCCCACAGAGUCCAGAGGCAGAGGCUGAAAUGAUAGACCAGAACCCCAAAUACCACAGGUGCCUGAGGAGCCUCCGUAUGCUUGCCGUCAAGUUUGUGGAGUUACUUAAAGCAAGUGAAGGAGGAGAGUUGGACCUGAAAGAUGCUGUUAGGAUCCUGGCUGUCAAUCAGAAAAGGAGAAUCUAUGACAUUACAAACGUGCUGGAGGGUGUUGGUCUUAUUGUGAAAUUGUCCACAAGCACUGUAAAGUGGAGGGGUUCACUGACGGGAGACAGUGAAUGUGAAAGAGUAAUGAAGUUACAGUCCGAGCUGGAGGACUUGAGGAGGCAGGAAGCAGUACUGGAUCAGUACACGACAUGGGUCAAAAACAGCAUCAAGUACACAGUAGAAGACAGCGAUGCUCUUCUCUACGUGACCCAUGAGGAUAUCUGCAACUGCUUCAGUGGUCACACUGUCUUGGCAGUGCAACCCCCUCAUGGCACACAGCUAGAUGUUCCCAUUCCUAAAGCUGUGCAGAACAGCCCUACAAAGUAUCAGAUCCAUAUGAAAAGCAUCAAUGGACCAAUAGAUAUUGUGCUUCUUAACAAAUGCUCCGACAGCUCAGCCCCUCUGGUUCUGCCAGUCCCACCACCUGAGGAAAUCUUACAGCGUGCCAUGAUAGCAACCCUGGUGGCUAACUCAGCUGAGACCGAAACCAGCACUACACCUUGCCUGCCUUCAGUUAAUACUGUCCAUGGCACAAAAUCUGAGCCAACGACACUGCGGUCUCUUCAGUCAUCGUUAUUUAAUGGAGCAAAGUCUAACAGACCUGAUGUAGCUGGAUUGCAAGAUUUAUCAAAACACCUGAGGGACCUACUGGAUCCAACCAAAGGCAUUAAGAAAGUACAAAUAUUCACAGAGCUGGCCUCUGAAGUUUUUUCUCCACUCCUCCGUCUGUCUCCCACCCCAACUGAACACGACCACCCCUGUAAUAUGGAGGAGAAUGAAGGCCUCCGUGGCAGCUUUGACAUCCCCAUGCUCAAUGUUUGACCAUGCAUUUAUGUUGACCACUUUUAUCCCAGAUCAUGUGUGUAAUAUCUUGUUUUUAAAUGAUUAUCUCAUACAACAAAUUAAAUUCUAAUACGCGGCUGCCUUUUUUUUCUGUAAACACAAAAUAUCAGAGAAGUAGUAGAACGCAGUUGGGAAAAAAAACACCUUCAGGAAUUUAAAAAAGUGCAAAAGUUUCUGAAUCAUAUUUCAUGUUCACCACAUGAAAAACUGCUGCAUUUCAGUCCAAUUAUUAUUGCAAACCUCAAUGUGCUCAAUACACAGUAUGUGCAAUAAUCCAUUGAAGAGCACAACACUUUGUGUGUCUGCCUGUAGUGCAACUUAUGUGAGGGCAGUUCGACCCGGGAAAAGUCUGACAUCUAAUUCAGAACAAGCAGGGAUGUUUUUGUCCAGGUAUUUUGUCUUUAGGCAUG